CUCUCUCCCUCACGCGCUCAAGCCCGCCUCCUGCAAGGCAGCCCGAGGACCUCGCAUAGUAAAAUGGCUGAAAAGCAGAAACACGAAGGCAGGGUAAAGAUAGGACACUACAUCCUCGGGGACACGCUGGGAGUCGGGACGUUCGGAAAAGUGAAGAUUGGAGAGCACCAGCUAACGGGACAUAAAGUUGCCGUGAAGAUCCUCAACAGGCAGAAGAUCCGCAGUCUCGAUGUCGUGGGGAAAAUCAAAAGAGAGAUUCAGAACCUUAAGCUCUUCAGACAUCCACAUAUCAUCAAGCUGUAUCAGGUGAUCAGCACUCCCACAGACUUCUUCAUGGUGAUGGAAUACGUGUCUGGAGGGGAACUCUUUGACUAUAUUUGUAAGCACGGAAGGGUGGAGGACACAGAGGCGAGACGUCUUUUCCAGCAGAUCAUCUCAGCAGUAGAUUACUGCCACAGACACAUGGUGGUGCACAGAGACCUCAAGCCUGAAAAUGUACUGCUGGAUGGCAACAUGAAUGCCAAGAUCGCUGACUUUGGUCUGUCAAACAUGAUGUCAGACGGAGAGUUUCUGAGAACAAGCUGUGGAUCACCCAACUACGCUGCACCAGAGGUCAUCUCAGGAAGGCUGUAUGCUGGUCCAGAGGUGGACAUCUGGAGCUGUGGCGUCAUUCUCUAUGCACUUCUCUGUGGGACUCUGCCGUUUGAUGACGAGCACGUGCCUACACUCUUCAAAAAGAUCCGCGGAGGGGUCUUCUACAUCCCAGAAUACCUCAACCGCUCAGUGGCCAGUCUGCUUAUGCUAAUGCUGCAAGUGGACCCACUGAAGAGAGCUACUAUCAAAGACAUCAGAGAGCACGAGUGGUUUAAGCAGGACCUUCCUUGCUACCUCUUCCCCGAGGACCCCUCGUACGACGCCACGGUGGUGGACGAGGAGGCCGUGCGCGAGGUGUGUGAGAAGUUUGAGUGCACUGAAGCCGAAGUACUGAGCAGCCUCUACAGCGGAGACCCUCAAGACCAGCUGGCCGUGGCCUACCACCUCAUCAUCGACAACCGGCGGAUCAUGAACCAGGCCAGCGAGUUCUACCUGGCCUCCAGUCCCCCGACCGGCUCCUUCAUGGACGAGGGCAUGCCUCUGCCCCCGGGGGUCAAACCUCACCCCGAACGGAUGCCCCCGCUCCUGGCCGACAGCCCGAAGGCCCGGUGCCCCCUGGACGCCCUCAACACCACCCGACCCAAACCGCUGGCGGUAAAGAAAGCAAAGUGGCACCUGGGCAUACGGAGCCAGAGCAAACCCUACGACAUCAUGGCUGAGGUUUAUCGUGCCAUGAAACAGCUGGAGUAUGAAUGGAAAGUGGUGAACCCCUAUCACCUGAGAGUGCGCCGGAAGAAUCCUGUCACGGGUAACUUUGUGAAGAUGAGUCUGCAGCUCUAUCAGGUGGACAAUCGUAGCUACCUGCUCGACUUCAAGAGCAUUGACGACGACACGAUAGAGCACAGGUCGGGCUCGUCGACUCCCCAGCGCUCUGGCUCCACGGCUGGCCUCCAUCGGCCUCGCCUCAGCAUCGACUCUGCCACCGUGGCUGUGGAGAUGCCCCUGCUGAGCAGCUCUCUGCCGGGCUCUCUAACGGGGAGCACACCUCUGCUGGCUCCGCGGCAGGGCAGUCACACCAUGGACUUCUUCGAAAUGUGUGCCAGCCUCAUCACUACCCUGGCUCGCUGAGACCCUCGCACGCCAUCAUCCGAUGGUCUUUACCUCUUUACAGUCAAAAGGUGAAAGGUUAAGGGUUGUGACCGAUGGAGUUGGGGUGCUUUUAUGUCAGUCCCACAGUAGCGACACAAACGUAUGGUUCCCUAAAGGGUUUUUGGACCGGCCUACAGAAGUAUGGAAGUCAUUGCAUUAGUUAACUGAUAAUAUCAUCAAAGUCUUCAGCAAACUAGUCGUGAUCAUCACUUAAUCAUGCCUUUAACAUUGUACGUUAAUACAUAACUUAUGUACGAUUUAUUAUGUACGUGACCAUGGACCACAAAACCAGUCAUAAGGGUCAUUUAUGUUUUGAAAUACAUCAUCUGAAAGCUGAAUAAGUUCUCCAUUUAUGUAUGGUUUGUUAUGAUAUUUGACUCAGAUACAGCUGUUUGAAAAUCUGUUUGCAAUCUGAGGGUGCAACAAAAGAUAAAAAACAUAAAUUUAAAAAGAUUUGUCCAAAUGAAGUAUUUAUCCAUGAAUAUUACUAAUCAUACAUUAAGUCAUGAUAAUAUGUAAUAAGAAAUGUACAAAAGAUCUUCAUGGAACAUGAUUCUCACUUAAUAUUAUUAUGAUUUUUGGCAUAAAAGAAAAAUCAACCAACAAUGUAUCGUUGGCUAUGGCUACAAAUAUACCUGUGCUACUUAUGACUGGUUUUGUGCUCCAGCAUCAUGCAUUAAAAAAAAUAAUGCACUGUAAGAUAUCGCUUAGGUUUUAAGUAAAAUAAUUACAAAUGAUUAACAUUAUUAUUGAUUUGAAUUCGCAUUCUCAUUUAUAAACGCUAAAAUCUAAUUCAAUUCCAUUGACGUUUGACAAUGAGAUCUUUUUUUUUUCUUUUGUUCCGUUACUGUAAAUUGUCAAUUUAAAACAAUUAUCUAAUGCCGUGACAUUCGUUCUUUCCAAAAACCUUUUUUUAGGUCCACCUUAGCCAGAUGCCGUCCUCAUCGUCACGCGUCUAAAUAACUGAAAACAAACUAUAAACGCGCUCCUGAUUUUAUACACACUUUUUCUUUUUUUAACAAAACGUAUUAUACAGUAUAUUUAUAUUCUCACGUCGAUCACCUGAGUUGUAUAGUUUAGUUUGAUAGCCAUCGAUUGCAGUGACAUACCAAAAAUAGGUUUAUACGAUAUAGAUCACUAUUUAAUUAUAUCGGAGAUUCUCGCUUGUUAUACGAAGAAGCUGUAUCUGUCAUGUUAUUUAAGCGGUGAUUGCUGGAGUGUUCUGGGUUUGGCUUGCAGUCUCCAGAGAGCGCUGUGAAUGCUGUCGCUGAACGUCACGGUGAAUCUCUGACGAUACACGCCAUCUGCGGUGGAGAGGCCCGAGCCUUGCUCACGUCACGGGCUGUGCUGCCGUAGAAAGACAAACACGCUGGACGAAGGCAGACAGACCGGCCAAAGAGCUUCAGUGCUGUGCCUUGAUACGGCUAAAACGACAUGGAUGAAGCAGAGAAUGUGCCAGUCAUUUCGUUGAUACGAGCGAGCCUUUAAUUAGACGGCCUUAAAAUAUUCCCAAUGCUUGAGAUUACAGACAGCCAGAAAGACCUUAUUAAAGCAUUCAUCUUUGGAGGACACAUUUAGCUUCAUUCAAUUCGUUUGCGCUUCAGAAACUAGAUUUUAGUGCUAUAUUAAAAAGUAUUUUAUGAAUCGUCUGACGUGAUGAAAAAAAGCUAUUUAUAUAUUACAGCGUUUAUGUAUUAAAAUCUAUAUUUUAGCAAUCAGCAUUUAAUAUAUGCAGUACACAUCAUUAAAGAAUUUAGCUCGUAAUUAUUUUUGUUUGUAUCUAUUAUAUAUCACCUGUCGAAAGUUUGGGUUAGGUAGGUAAGACUUUUUUUUACGUGUUUAAACGUCUCUACUGCUCAUCAAGGAUGCAUUUUUUUGAUCACAAAUGCAGAAAAAAAUUCUGUAUUAUUACAAUUAAAAAAAAAUUCUAUGCGAAUAUAUUGGAAAUUAUAAUUUAUUUCUGUGAUGCAAAUGUGAAUUUGUGGCAGCGAUCAGCAGUAAUAUGAUGAUUUGCUGUUUAAUAAACAUUUCUGAAUUAUUAAAAAAUUAAAAAAACAGCUUUAAAUUUUUGAACUUCAACUAAAAAGUUUUAGGGUAAAUAAGAAAAAAGAGAGAAAAAAAAGCAUUAUAUAUGCAAGGAUGCAUGAAAUUAAUCAAAAGUGACAAUAAAGGCCUUUAUUAUCUCAAAUAAAUACUGCUUUUUUUAACUUUAUAUCCAUCAAAGAAUCCUGAAAAAUAAAAUAUCACAGUUUCUCUAAAAUAAACCCAUUUUCAAAGGAUUUCUGAAGGAUCAUGUGACACUAAAGACUGGAGUAUUGAUGCUUAAAAUGGAGGAUUGCAUCACAGAAAUAAAUUACAUUUUAUGAUAUAUUCCCAUAGAAAAGUGUUAUUUUUAAUUUGUAAUAAUAUUUCACAAUUCUUACUUUAUUUUGAAUCAAAUAAAUGCAGGCAUUCAAAGAAAAGAGACGUCCAAAAACGUAAAAAAAAAAAAAAUCAAACUUUUGACCGGUAGGAUAUUGCUUAAACAUUACAUGGGUGGUGUGUAUCUGAUGAGAAGAUAAAAAGUGACCCAAGCCAAGAGCAUUUAAAAGAGCGCGUCACGUGACCCCCUUCCCCGGGAUGCCUUAAAUAGAUUGUGAACUUUAUUGUUUCUAAUCGAAUAUGCUUUACCGCAUUUGUUCAUGCGUGUUGUUGUUUGUAUGGAGUAGAUAUAAUGUAUUUAUUAGUUACACAUAUUUAUUCUUUAUUUAAGCUCACCUCUGAAGUGUUACUUGUGAACAAAAAGCGGAUUUGUUGAAGUUGUCUUAGUGCCAACGUGUGUGAAUGGAUGACUACAACACAGCCAGGAAACGAAAACCAGAGGAAUGAAUACUAUAUGCAGUCUAUACACCAUGAAAAUAUCAUUCAAUCUAACGCGGCAGCCAAAAAAAAGAUGCUUUCGGUUCGGCGGUUCGAAUCGAAUAUUUGUUUUUGUCGGCCAUUUUCAUAUUCAGUCCCGGUGGUUCAUAAUUCACAAAGACAAAGUUGAUCACAAACUGUAUUUGUAUAGAUGUCCCCCCCCGUCUCGUGUGCAUGAGCAGAGCGUUUGUGCGUUUCGUGUGAUUUGUAGUUGCACCAGUUGCACCAUUUUAACCGAAUGUAAAACGGAAAGACGGAAAGUUCUCGUAGAGAUCAUAUCAUUUACAUCGAAUGCGAUAGACGUGAUGCCUCAAAAAAAAAAAAAAGUGCAACGGUUAAGCGGCAACUGCUGGGGGACGUUUUUUUUGCAGAUUUUCGCAGGAGAUUAGAGUGGAUUAGGGUGUUGUUUUCUUGGAAAAAUCUGAAAUUCCUCCGAGAAUUUAAAGCCCUUACGCAUUCUUAACAUUUCCCCACAAAUCCCAAGUUCACUCCGGGUCGUUUUGAGGAUCAGCUCGACUUCUUGGAGGGGAGGGUGGGGGGAGAAAGUGCUGAUGUGAAGCUAGGCUAGUUUCCCCCCGCCCCCCCCGCUGCCGGACUUUGCUGUUGCAUUAAAUAAAUAGAUCGCCCCAACAAACGAUAUGGUUUAACUCAGGGGUGUCCUGCACUCGGUCCUCUGAGUUUAGAUUCAACCCCGCUAAAACACAUACACCACGCAUGUCUGAAGUACUUGAUGAGCUGGGUCAGGUGUGUUUAAUUAGGGGUGCAUCUAAACUCUGCAGGACACCCCUGGUUUCACUUAUUCAUCUCGGCCUGAACGUGUACGAAUUUCUUUCUCCUGUCCGGCGUGAAAGAAGACGUUUCGAAUAACGCUGCCGGUAACCGAACAUGGAAGGCUUCCAGCGUUCUUCAGAACAGAUUCUUUUGUGUUUAACAGAAAGUGCGUUUAAUUGUGAGGGCAUCAUUUAAACAUUUGGGUGAACUAUCCCUCGUUAUCAGAUCUGGACGGGAAUCGGUGCAUGCUUUAUGCAGUCGUGGUUGUUAGUGUUUGUCAUGUUUAGAGGCCAGAUAGCAGAAGCAUGACAGUUUAAUGACUGUUAUAGCAGCUUUAUGGCUGUGCUUAGUGGAAAGUGGUCAGAAACUUUACCGCCUCUUUAUGUUAGAUUGACGGCCACGGCUUCUGUGUUUUUUUUUGUCUGUGUGCCGGACGGCGUCCCCUUCCUCCCUCUCUCUCCAGUGUAGUGAAAGAUGACAAUGAUGUGUUUUCUGCCUGUUCCUGAGCCCUGCUGGGAGACGAGCUCUGCCUGUCGCUGUCUACGUGUCUCUACUGUACAUGUGCGCGUGUCAUUUCCUGUCUGUGUGUGCGGUUUGUAUUUUAAAAGUUAUGCACUGCAUGGUGUUCCUGUUCUGAUUUGCACUUUAAUUUUUAUUGUUAAAAAGAAACAAAGGGAAAAUAAAGUGGUAUAUGCAUUU